AUGAAAUCCAGUGCUGUGAGAUUAGCCAAGAGUUACACUCCAAUGAUCAAGUUUGUUGGAACCAAACAUCCUAUGAUAGAUCAUCCAAAUAAAAUCAUUCCACAUCCUUGUACAAUCAAUAAUAUGUUACCUGGAUCCCAGGAUUGCAUAUCAGUGCAAGAGUAUUUGAAGAAUAUAAAACCAUUUGUUGUCGUGCCAUUUAAACAGACACCAAAGCAAACCACCAAAGGGUCAGGGAGAGACGAUGCUUCCAGAUAUGUUUAUUUUGAUAGACCCUUAAAGGAUAAUGAAGUGAGUGCCAUUUCUGAUUUACCAGAAAGAUUUAGACCUAGAACCAUUGAUGAAAUAGAAGUGGAAUUUAUUAAUAAUGGAGGUGUCAUGUAA